AUGUCUGACGCAAGUUCCGAAGAACUGUACACUGGAUCAUUCUUGGACACCGAUUCGGAGCAUGAUGCUGCGAAGAAAACAGAUAAUCACGCGAAGGGUACAUUCACCACACAAAAGCCCAGAAAGAAAGGUGACCGUGACCGGACCCUCCACAACUACACCCACUCUCCAAAUGGCCUUCGGAUAGAGGAUUAUAUGUACGAUGAUCCAUUGGCAGCCAGUAUACUCACAACCGACUCAAGUACGAACGCCGAUCUCCUCAGACAAUUGGAGACUGGAUGCUGA